AGUGAACCGGCACCGUCGACAAUUAGCUUUGGCGAUUUACAGUCGGUUGGUAACUGUCACGAGGAAUGCAUCGGUUGCAGUGAAUCGCGUUCAUCAACUGCCUGCUUUGCAUGCAAACAUCUUACGCAAACACUAAGAAAUCGAGCAGGCUUUAAGUGCGUUGCACGAUGCGAUGAAGGCUAUUUUAUUGAAGAUGACAAAUGUCGUGUUUGCAGUACAACUUGCAAGACUUGUGUUGCUGCAGAAAAAUGUGAAACUUGUCAUGGGGCAAAGCUACUUAUCGACUUUGACCAUUACAGUCAUCAGGAUCAUGGCACAUGUGUAGACAGUUGUCCAGAAGGAUUGGAAGCUGAUUGUAAGUUGGCCACUUAUAGCUCUUCUACUGCUAAGGUUUUUUCAGACACCAUUGCAGUACAGGCAAGAUGUAUACCGAAAAAAAGCAGAUGUGCACCUGGUUAUUAUGAGGAAGUAAAUCAGGCUUGUAGCAUCUGUGACGAAGCUUGCCGAUUAUGUCAUGGUCCAGGCCCGACAAAAUGUGACGAUUGCGCAGAAAACUAUAGUAACCGUUCAGUUGGAUAUUGCAGACCGUGCUGUAUCAAUGGGCAAGAUCCGAUGAAUUACCAUUGUGGUAACUUUUUAAGACUGCGUGAAGAGUGCUCUAGAGGAAGCACGAAGAAAUGCUCGUCAUCCAGUGCGAGCAUUUUUGCUUUAUUUGAUGUUAGCAUUGAUUGCUAUGAACGUUUGCCAACGCAGCCACAAGGUUUCAAGUACAGUCAACUGGCAUUGAGUUCUGAUUCUGAUGUAGACGAAAGUUUUGAUCUGGUUACGACGUCGACACAUGUAAGUAAGAAAGAGGAGGAGAAUUUUUAG